UCAAAACUAACUCGUUGAGAGCGGCCUCCUCAAAGCCCGCAGAAAAAAAUUCCCAAGAUCGUCGUCGUCCCGAGCUCAAACAAGCGCAGAUGGAGCAGUCCGGCGCCAAGAAGUCGAACAAGAUCACCGAGAUCGUGCGGAUGCAGCGGAUGCUGAAGAAGUGGCGCAAGCUGUCGGUCACCCCCAAGGAGCCAAGCUCGCCGACCGGCGGCGGCGGCGGCAAUGCCGUUGGCGAGAGCAAGGCUAAGAAGUUCCUGAAGCGGACGCUUUCUUUCACGGACGCACCGCCCUCGGGGUCCCCGCCCAAGGGCCACCUCGCCGUGUGCGUGGGCCCCGCGGCGCAGAGGUUCGUGAUCCCGACGGAGUACCUGAAGCACCGCGCCUUCGCGGCGCUGCUGCGGGAGGCCGAGGAGGAGUUCGGGUUCCAGCAGGAGGGCGUGCUCCGCAUCCCCUGCGAGGUCCCCGUCUUCGAGUCCACCCUCAGGGCCGUCGAGAAGAACAAGAAGGACGCCGCCGCCUCCUGUUACUGCAGCGCCGAGUACGCCGCCGACGAGGUCGGGCGCGGCACGCCCAACAACCCGCUCUGCAGAUAGGUGGAGCUCGAGGACAGAACAAAAAUGUCUUCUUCCUCUUCCUUUUUUUGUUUCUUUCUUCUUGCUCUAUGUAACGUGGUGUGGUGAGGGAUUGAGCCGAUAGCAUCUCCCCCCGCGGAUUACAAUUACUGCUCCGAUUUCUCUCUCUCUCUGCUGAACCGAGCUGAUCUUGACUGGGUAAUGCAGCCCUCGUGGAUGCAACGAAUUAUGGAAAAAUUGAUGUGGAAACGACGGGUGUUACGUGUUCUAUUGAAAGGC